AGUAAAAACGGAGAGUAAAAUUGCUGCAGUCAUGGACUUGCGCUCAGAACUGCUCAAGUCCAUUUGGUACGCUUUCACUGCUCUAGAUGUGGAGAAGAGUGGAAAGGUGUCCAAGUCUCAACUCAAGGUCUUGUCUCAUAAUCUUUACACAGUUCUGUGUAUCCCACACGACCCAGCGGCUCUCGAGGAACACUUCAGAGAUGAUGACGACGGUCCAGUGUCCAGCCAGGGAUACAUGCCCUACCUCAACAAAUACAUCCUGGACAAGGUGGUGGAAGGUACGUUUGUCAAAGAAAAUGUGGAUGAGCUCUGCUGGACUCUUACUGCCAAGAAGAACUAUAGACCAGAGGGAAAAAGUGUUUUACCUGGAAAAGACGCCUUCCGGCUCUGGUGCCUGUUCAUAUUUCUCUCAGAGGACAGAUAUCCUCUGGUCAUGAUCCCUGGUGAGGUUGAAUAUUUACUGAAGAAGUUAUGCAUGGCCAUGAGUGUUGAGCUGAACUGUGUGGAACUGGAAGACUUCAUUUCCCAAGAUUCUGUUCAGCAGAACGGCUUCACUGUGUGGGCCUUUCUGGAGAUGAUGAAUUCUGGGAAACUAACAAGGGGCAUUGCCAAAGAAACCAUCAGUAUGGCAAUAGAGGAGGUGUACCGGGAAAUAGUUGGUGAUGUGUUGAAAGAGGGAUAUCUGUGGAAGAAAGGUCAGUUGAGGAGAAACUGGACUGAGCGUUGGUUCACCCUGAGACCCAGCACUUUAAUUUACUUCACUAGCGAGGACCGCAAAGACCGUAAAGGCAACAUCCAGCUAGAUGGAAACUGCUGUGUAGAGGUACUUCCUGACAGAGAUGGGAAGAGGUGUAUGUUCUGUCUGAAAACGCUCCCCAAGACCUAUGAACUCAGCGCGUCUGACACCAAACAGAGGCAGGAGUGGACUACAGCUAUCCAAACAGCCAUCCGGCUGCAUGUGGAGGGUAAAACUUCUCUUCAUAAGGACCUAAAGCUGAAACGGCGUGAGCAGCGGGAACAGAGAGAGAAGAGGAGGGAGGCGAAGGAGCAGGAGCUUCAGCGCUUACGGGCCCUGCAGGAGGAGCGCGAGCGGAAGAUGGCAGAACUGGAGCUGCUGAAGGAGGCGCAGAGGCAGGCACAGACACUGCUGGAGCAGGACGAACUCCGCAGACGACAGCAACACGAACAACUCCAGCAGGCUCUGGAGAUCCAGCUCAAAGAGGCGGAAGAGGCGCGGGCGAGCAUGCAGGCUGAGAUGGCACUGAAAGAGGCCGAGGCUGAGAGACAGAGAACACGAAUUAAAGAACUGGAGGCCAUGCAGCAGCGGCUAGAGGAGGCGUUACAACAGGAAAUCAAAGCCAGGCAGGACGAAGAGGCCUUCCGCUAUGCACAGGCUCGGCUACUGGCUGAGGAAGAGGAGAAGAUGAAGGCCCUUAUGUCUCUCCGUGAGGAGCAGGAGGAAUAUAUCCAGCGUGCCCAGCGGGAGAAACAAGAGCUCAAACAGGAAAUGGAAAGCAAGUCUCGAUCUCUGGAUGAGGCACAGAGGCAGCUGGAGGAGGUCAGGGCCAAUCGGCACCGAGUGGACCAGGAUGUGGUGGCUGCUCAAAGGAAGCUGCGUCAGGCCAGCACCAAUGUUAAACACUGGAACGUUCAGAUGAACAGAUUAAUGCAUCCUAUUGGACCAGGAGAAAAACGGUCCUCAGGAGGCGGAUCUUUUUCCAGCUUUCGCAUCCCUUCACAGAAGGAUCCAGGACUACGUUUGAAGCAGAAAUCAGAUGAGCAGGAUGAGGAAAGCAAAGAAAACAUGGAAAGCAGAGGAGGGUGUGUAUCUGACAAGUGUUUGUCUACAAAUGGAGACAUGGAAAUACCUUAACGACCUCAGAAGAAAAAGAAAUUCUCUCUUUCUCAAUGUUAAGACUGAUUUGAAUGAAGGAAAGUUGUUUUUACAAGGUGCAAAGACCUCAUGCCGUUAAAAAAUGAUAAUUUUUAAUGUUGUCAUU